CCGGGCCCAGGCAAGCAGCUCGCAAACUGUGACAUCCACUCCCCCCCCCCUCUCUUCUCUUUCACUCACACACAUUCUCUCCCUCUCUCACUCAAGCGCACAGAAGUUAACGAAGUCCACGGCUAAAGUACAAGAGGAGCGCAUGCAAAAGGAUGUGCGCUUCACGCUCUGUGGCGUGAAGCGCGCGUCUUCUUCUUCUCUGAGAGGACGAGAGGAAGGAGGAGGAGGAGGUGUUUGGGGGCAUCACCCACGGGCUCCGUGCUGCUGAGUGAAUAAGCACAAAGACGUCGCUGCGGUCAUUGUGAUGUUGCUGCUGCAUUGAUGCCACCUGGGGAAGGUGAAGGCAAGGAAAACUUGCCCAUGACAAGUGCUGAGCUACGCCAACGUCGACAGCCAGCCUUGCUUACAAGCUGUGCUUGGGGCUUCCGCCUGACAUGAUGGAUUCAUCCGAGUGCGAGCGGCCCGUCAGUCUGAGCUCCACCACAUCGUCGUCGUCGUCAUCGCGUGACAGCCACUGCUCGUUCGGAAGCAACAUGACUCUGGCCUCUUCUCUCUCCACCUCCCAGAAUGCCGACACGGGCUCCACGACAUCUUCAUCGUCAUCAUCGUCCCGAGACAGCCUCCAUGUUUGGAAGCAGCGUGACGCUGGCAUCCUCUUUGUCCGCUUCGCAGAACGUCGACUCUGGGUGUUCAGUGCAGCGACAAGGACAGUGACACGGUCAAGCUGGAUCAGGUUUCUCCAAACUCCGAUGCUUCUGAGCAGAAUCGGCAACCCAGUGAGUGGGGUUGAUGAGCACGCAGAUAAGUGGAAUGUUAACUUGGGCAGGAGCAAUUCUCGGCGGCAGAAGGACUUUGCAACCAUCUGCUCAGAAUCGAGCGAGUCCCCAGUUGCAACAGACGCGAUGGUCUCUGACCCGAAGCUGUCAUAUGUGGACCGCGUCGUGCUGGAGGUUUUACAGACGGAGCAGAUGUACGUGAAGGACCUCAGGAGCAUUGUAGAGAAUUACCUUGGCUGUAUCAUCGACACGCCAGACCUGCCUCUGAGCCCUGAGGAGGUUUGCACGCUCUUUGGAAACAUAGAGGACAUCUACGCUCUUAACAGCGAGCUUCUUCACGAGCUGGAGAGCUGUGCAUUCGAUCCUGUGGCCAUAGCUGACUGCUUUUGUUGCAAAGGAAUCAUGCUCAGGGUUUCUUCAAACUUCAUGUGUCCAUCGAAUGAAGCCUUUCACAUAUAUACCCAGUACUGUAUGAACUAUCCAAAUGCCAUAGACGUGCUGAACGAGUGCGCACGCAGCGCCGUUAUGACCCGGUUCUUCGGGGAGGUGCAAGCGUCGCUGAAGCACUCGCUGCCGCUCGGGUGCUACCUGCUGAAGCCCGUGCAGCGCAUCCUUAAAUACCACUUGCUGCUGCGAGAAAUAGCGAACCACUACGAGGGCCUUGCGGAGGGCAUGGAGGUCAUCGAGGAGGCCACAGCCACCAUGACCAGCGUGGCGUGGCACAUCAACGACAUCAAGCGCAAGCACGAGCACGCCGCCCGCGUUCAGGAGAUACAGGCGCAGCUGGUGCAGUGGCAGGGCCCGGAGCUGUGCCGCUACGGCGAGCUGGUCCUGGAGGGCACGUUCCGUGUGCACCGUGCACGGCACGAGCGUUCCCUCUUCCUCUUCCACUGCAUCCUCCUGCUCACCAAGAGACGCGACGACACUUACGCCUACAAGGCACAUAUCCUGUGCUCAAACCUCAUGCUUGUGGAACACGUUCCCAAGGAGCCUCUCAGCUUCAGCGUCCGCCACUUCAAAAACAGCAAGAUUCAGCACACAGUGCAGGCACGCUCCUUUGAUGAAAAGAGGCUCUGGAUCCACGAAUUGAAACGGCUCAUCCUAGAGAAUCACCCAGGAAAAAUCCCACUCAAGGCCAAACAAGCCAUCUUAGAGAUGGACGCUUUCCAUCAGCCUCACGCACAGCCUGUGCCGCCUUCCACCGGCAGCUUCGCCUUGCGAAGAGGUCGACGCAAGUCAGAACCUGCGACAAGAAAAGCAAGAACUUUAGAGCCGCUCGUAGAUUUGAGAAUGCGAUCAGGCAGUGUCGGGGAGCUCCUCAGCGACAGCGAGUCGUUCGAGCCCAGCAGCAGCUCGGAGCUCCUUGAGACUUGCGAGAAGCAGGAGCAUCACUCGAGCUGCGACGGCCUGGACAGCGUUGAGCCGGCGGCCGGUCUCCUGAGCCGGGGCAGCAUGACCAGCCUGGAAGUGGACAGCCCGCUCCUGGGCCCCAGGAAGUACGGCCUGGAGAAGGGUGGCCCUCCCGCGGCGGGAGGACCUCGGCACGGCGGCAGCGAUAAUUGCCUCGCGAGGCGCAGGCACUGCAGCAACGACAGCCUCGAUGCGGGCGAAGGAACUCGCAGGGGAGACGUACACCGGAGUUGUGACAGCUUGCCGGCACCGGCACGGCGGGGCAGUGAGCACGAGCUCGAUGCGUGGGGAGAUGAUUUUGGCGGCCACAAUUUUGAAGGCGCAAGCAGUGAGAGCAAGAUACGACCAGGAGAGGACAAAUUCCGUAAAGGGAAUGACAGCUGUGGAGGGAGCGAUGGGGUUUCAGAGAAUUCAGAAUCCGAGGUCAAAUCUGUAUUCGAGCCCUCAAUAUCAGCACAGGUGAUGCUGGAUCUAUUGGCGUCUGAAUUGAAUUUGGAUUGGUUGAAGUCUUCAUUUUCAAAAUCGUUUCUCUUUGACGAUUUCUGUUCAGAAAGUGCUGAGCCAGUUGAAGAUAUUGAUAUGGAUAAAGAGGAUAGUUUGAUCAAUAGCAAGGGUGCAUGUGCAUUAACUGAUGAAAUCAUGGAUGACGGUGGAAUGGAUGAUGAAAAACUUGAGCACUUUUCCCUUGGGGAUUUGAUGCCUGCUACUGAAAAUGGAGAAGGGGAAAACUUGCAUAUGAAAGAAAAUACCUCGGCAACUCUAACCAAUUCAAGGUCCACAAGUCCUGAAAAUGUCACUUUAGCACAACAAGAGUUUGAAAGCAAGAGCUUUAACGAUAUGUCGCAUGAUGUUCCAUCCGAUGCGGAAUGCUCUGACGCAACUGAAUGCGUCACCGCUCUAAGUGCAUCUCCUCUUGUGCAAAAGUCUGAUCCCAAUCCUUCUGUUCAAUCAUGUGAAACCCUGCACGCCACUGAGCCAAAGCAAGCACCUGCUGAAUUGUUUUCUGAUGGAGGCAACGAUAAAGUACCGUACAACGGAACUGUAAAAAGGCCAAAGCUGCAGAGAUACCAAACCGUGCCCAAUCCUCAAAAUAGAGCCCCAAGUGCAGCUGAGAGUGGAGCUUUCUCCACACUAAACAACAAGGAUAGGCUCCUCCUGCAAAAGAUCAAAAGCUUCUAUGAGAACUUUGACCUAAACGAAGAAUCGGCAAUGCCCGUUUCCAAGAAGAGAGAGAGCAUGGCGUUCAUUCCGAAGGGCGUUGUGAAAAAUUCUGUUUUAAAAAUAAGCAGCCUGGCUAAAAACUCAGCACAUCGCCCUGAACUGAAACCCCCGAGUAGAAGUCUGUUACGAAACAGCGGCAACUCUGCAGGACUUGAGCCCGUGUGGGAAACUGUGGACCAGCAGCUGAAUCCUCUCAUUCAAACCGUUUCAUCGGAGCCUGUGAGUAAGCCAUCGUCCAUUGCCUACAUGCUGCGUAAUAAUUUCAUGGAGAGGAUAAAGGAAAGCACUUAUGAAAGUUCCCAUGAAGAUGAUGAUGAUGACGACUCUGAAACAGAAAACUGCGUCAGCGGCUCUGAAGGUGAAGCAACAACUGUGGAUCCUCAACAGGAAGAGGUCACGGGUGCUUGCACAGUUCCCACCUGUACAGAUUCUGCCUCUCAUUCCAGUUUUGCGAGUAGCACUUCACUUAGUCGCACAUCUGAGAGUGAGGAGUUGUUUGUUGAAAAUGGUGGUGCACGUGCUGACGGAUCUGUAGAGAUAGAGCCAGAUACUGCGACAAAUAGCAUCCUCGGCCGACAAGGCCAGGACUUGUCAGAGACUGUACAAUUGCAGAGUAAUGUAACAUCUUGUGUUAAUUUAGGACCAAAUGGCUUUUCACCAACAGAUGAAUUGGGUUGUUCUGAUGGGCAUGAAAAACAGGGCGUUGACAUUAAGGACUUUCCUGAUUGCACUGAUAAAUUCGAACCGUUGUUUAUUGAAGAGGAAGAAGAAGCAGAGUGUGAUGCUGCUACACACAGCACAAAGGAAUCGCCACGAUCACAACACAGCAUCGUGGAAGACGAUACCCGUGUCCCAGAUUGCAAUCGGCAUGACGGCACAUUUCAUCCAAAGAAUACAGAAGAAGAGACGUUCACUUUUCAAGAAAGACUUGCCAAAAAAACACGCAAAGACACGUGUGCUACCAAACGCACAGCCUCUUGCCCUGGCGGUAACGGCCAAACGAGCAGAGCCAGAACGGAUGAGGAGGAGCGAAGCCGGGCCCACGUGCUGCACAUGGCAAGGCAGUACAACCAGCGACUAAAGGCCCAGGCGCAGACAGACAGGGACGAGGUAGACCGAGAACAGCGCAAGAAGGCCAGCCAGCAGCUGGCGGCUUUGCUGGAACACAAGAUGCUGCAAGGGGCCACUGUCGGUUCAAGAGCUGACGGUUACCUCACAAUGAAGAAACAGCAUUCUGCCCCGUCAAUGCUGCCAACCACAGAACACAUACGUAAGGCAGCCUUGAAGAACAAACUCAACAAGAAGCAGACUUCUAUCAGUGAGCCAUCUUCACCUACCCCAACAAGCCCACCUCUGUCUCCUUUGAUGGCCAGCCCUUCAGAGGCACAUCCCACGACAGGGCCUCAGCAGCCUUACAGAUCAAACCGCCAUGAGCAUAAUCCACCGAUGCCAUCAUCAUUUGGAUUUCGGCGACCAACCUUUUUCACGGGCCAAUUCCCACCAACGGGUGCUGUAAAAGAUCAGAGCCGGUCUUAUUAUGAUCGCUACACUCCUAAGUCUCCCCCACCUGUGUCACCACCAGCAUGUGUUGUCCCACAAACUGUCACUUCCCUCGGCCCUCACAGAUCUUCUGUUGCCGGAUUUCCACAUGCCCGUUGCAGCUCUGGUCUGUCUAGGUCCUCCUCGUUUUCGGGCUACAGCAAGGCGCUCCCUAACUCGGCUCACAAAAGCAAAUUGUCUACAGCCUUUCCACGGCCAUUCUCUCCAGAUCAUUGCAGAUCUCCCACCUCAUCAGAACACACUGCUUGUGCCGCCACCAUGUUAAAGGAGACUGCGGUUUCUGAUCACAAAACCUGUUCCACUGUGCAUGACCUUAAGUCUAAAUACUCCCUUCUGGAGCGGAGAAAUUCUGAGCCAGAAAUUAUAACCAAGGACAAGGAAUUGGAGCAUAAAAAAAGUAAAAUUGCAAUCAACACUCGUUCUGUUAUUCACGUUCCUAUAGAACAUUCUGGCUCAAAAUGUGUGGCUUCUCAGGAUACCAAAGAUGGAACAAAAGAAUCCACAACUGAAACGACCAAACGGAGAUCCAGUCUAAAGCUGACAACAUCCAAAAGUGUUGAAAAUUGUGUUACUUAUUUUGUCGUCAGUAUGGGUACGUCCAAAAACAGGAUAGACGGAGAAAUAAAUACAGAGAAGAAGCUUCGUCCAAAUGCUGUUCUUGAUAGUACUGACCAGGUAGAUCAUGUCCAAGAACAUGACUCUGAUACAUCCAAAUCUUGGCUCACUGAGCAUUUGUAUGAAAGCACAGAGAAACACACACAAUACUGUGGUUCAGAAAUCGUUCUACAAGACACGGAAAAGAUAGUUGUCAUUGACAGGACUGUUCCUUGUAACAUCCAAAGCACGGCGGUGAUUGAACCAAAGAUGACAAACAACAUGUACCAUCAGGACUGCUUAAUGUCUAUUCAGCCAAAACCUUCCGAAAAUUACAUCGACACAUGCCAACCCAGUGUAUCUGUAAAACGAGCUGAAGACGAAAACCCUGUCGUGAUCACCACACGGCCCCCUCUGCCGUGCAGUUCGCGCAUUUUAAUCAAUGGGAAUUCAUCGUCACCCGAAAUGACCUCAACCAGAAAGGUUGGACUGACACAAGCCACCAUGGAAGUCCCGGUCAGAAGCAUCGCAAGGAAGAUUCUCACCGUGAAUGCAAACUCGUGGGGACAGUCUCCACAAAAACCAUUUGCAGAAAUCACGGUGGAGUUCAGCGCAGGCAUCACGGGCAUCGCAGCCAGCGGUGGUGGGUGUCUGCUCAAAAGUGUUGAGACCGCGCGGAGCACCCUGGCAGGUGGAGACGCAGAUUCUCCGAAGCCCUCUGCAGGAAGCCAACCCUCGGGCCAACUGAGGCGUGUGCACAGUCUCCGAGACAAAUUCCAAAACUGUAAAUCGGACACGGAUACGUGAUUUUGACGCUAUGUGGCACAGUCCAAAAGUUGAAUGAACACCAAGGUGUGGGGGAAAGGAGGGGGGGGGGAAUGCAAAACGUUAUUUUUUAGAGACUGGUACUAUGGUGCUUUAGCAUCUUUUUACACACAUGCUGCCAAUAAAAUUCGGCAGGAAGACACUUUAUUGAAAAAUAAACAUUUAUAUUCCAUAUUCUUUAUAUACUGUUAUGUUUUUUCCCCCCGUAAGUUAUGCUCCCGAUGAAUUAUAAUGCGAGCAAUGUUUUUUUGUGAAGGACCAUGUUUUAGAGUAUUUGUUUGGGCACAAUCAAAGUGUUACGUUUUUGAGAAUGUACGUAAUGAACAUCAUUGUAAAAAAAAAAGCCCUAUUUAAUUACUGUGUAAUAGGAGAGUAAAGGAUUUCUCCAUAAAUCUGCUUGGAAGGCAGAUGUCACCAGCCAAUUCCUUCAGGCUAAGCAUUGGCAGGCUGUCCUUUUACAAUACCACUCUCGUGAAUCCUGUCACAGCUUCCAAAUAUUUGUAUUUAUUCUCCGCAUUGCUCGGCCCUUUGUGUUUUGUGUACACCAGAAACGACAAUGUUCUGCGUGGAAUGGUGUUUUUGGAUCUGUGGAGGAGCUUUUGGAGUAAAUUUAGCCAUUUUUUGAGGGCUUACAUAUAUAUCGUCCUGUUCUCUUGUUGUGAUUACAACUUUGAGUUUGGUUUUGCACUGACCGGGUAAUGUAUUAUUAAACCGAUAGGCGUUUUUUGUCGUUAAGUACAAGUUUACUGCUGAGAUUAAACAUUACGUUAUUUUCUUUGGUUGUUGGUUAUUCGCUAUCGAUUACUCUUUUGUAAAAUGUUUUUUUUUACCAGUUAUCAAUCAGUCAUUUGAACAUAACUCUGAUCUUCGAUAAAUCCAUGGCUUAAUUUCUCUUUGAAUAUCUUCCGAGGCUCCCCAAGCACUCAAACCCCUCGACCACGCCCAGUCUCCUCGACAGCGUGGGGCUUGACAGGGAAAUAUAUUCUUGAGCUCUGCCUUGGAGAGAUCUGGCUGAACUAAACCCUGAAUAGAUGCAUCGUAUACUCUUAUUACAAUGAUGUACGUAACGUACACAGAAGAGGAGAUGCACUGCUCUGAUUUUAUUUAGAUUUAUAGCUUUCGUGACUGCAGGGAUUCAUAUUCUUGGUUCUUUCGGUAAAGUCACGUAGAAGGGAAAUUAAAAAAAAAAUUAAAAAAUACAAUUCUCACGACGUUUCGGCCACAACGCAAUGCAGCCGUCCUCAGGUGGAGAAACAGAGCGUCCUAAUUUAGGACGCUGUCUUUUCUACGUGACUUUACCGAAAGAACCAAGAAUAUGCUCUGAUUUAAUUCAUUUUUAAACCCUGAAUUUCAGCCACAUCCACGUUGCGUGUGCCCCCGUAUGUCGAUUCCGUUCCCGAAUCAAAAGUCGUGUCCAGAAAUUACGAUGACGUCUUGUGUAUGGAAUUAUCAGUGCGUUAAAAAGCAGUGUUCAUUAUUAAUCCUAGCACUAAUACUGUCAUUCCAGUCGAUAAAUUAACGUCUUUGCAUUGUAUUUUACAUCGUGAAAGAAUUUGUUCGUCACUGUGCAAGGGGGAAAAAAAUAAGUUCCGCACAAUGUUGGUCGACGCCACAUGAGUGCUUCAAGAAAUAGAGCUCCGAUGCAUACCUAUCUUGUUUUAUUGCUUGAUUUCACAUUAUCCUAUGUUUUUAGAUACAGUGUAUGUGUGUGUGUAUAUAAAAUAAAACAAUCUGCUUCCCCCCCCCGGCACGUCUGACAUUGCUGCACAGUCGUGCUUGAUGAUGUUGCACUAAAUGAACACAAGGUGGCGACGUUGACACAAAGAAAGCCACAAACAUCACCGACCAUUGCAUCUGCGUACUGCGAGGAAGUCUUAACUUGUAUGCUUGUACUGCUUGCUGUUCCUCACUCAGUGACGGAUCGAUUCGUCGUUAUUUCAAUGUAGUUGAUGCAAGUGUUCUCAAUAUCCAACGAGCGCAUGUAAUCAUUGCUACAGAAACCCUGCCCUGUUCAUAUGAGUAUAGAAAUGUGGCAACAGCCGUCUGCAGACAUUACCUGGUUUGAUUCGUUAUAAGAUUAUUAUUAUUAGUGAUAAAAUACUCGUUUUAUCCUCAUCAUCGGUCAGGGUCAAUCUACUGCUGGAUGAAGGCCACCCAAAACCACCGCCACCCGUCGCGAUGAUACGAUGUAGCCAAUCCACACGAACUGAAUUCAUCGCUCCAACUCCUCAGUGGAUGCCCUCUCUGACACGUUCCAUAAUGAAUCCUAAAAAUAUGACUCCAUUAAUGUUUUAGGGAGAAGCCUUUUUGUCAAUGUCUUCAAUAGAACAGGACAGACUAUCGAACGGCAACUUUAUGUGGUAUGAACCGAUGAGCAGCAAGUUGCUUAAUUGCAAUUACUGUUUUCGGGAUCAUUACAUUUCAAACACGAGUCGAAAGAGAGGUGCGAAAUUCAAUUGCAGAAUACCAUUGCUUUCGUUGUAUGAAAAUAAAGCAUAUUGUCAAGCUUCCGUCCAUUGGUUAAACGCUUCCUCUCCGUUACAGCCCCAUUGAUCUAUUCGUGAGUGACCAGAACAUGUCUGAUUCACGUAGCUCUGGGGAUAAUUGUCUUACAUUCAGACCGUUGAAUACAAUUUAUGAAACAGAUUAAGGGUACAGAGAAGGUUACGUUUGGAUGAUGAAAGGACAACUGUGGUGUGCGCGAGGAAAUUUUGACAAAAGCUAGAAACACAGAAGCCGUGACUUGGCGGGCUCUUGGUGGGAAUAAUCGGAAAAUCAUUGGAACACCUGGGGAUUUCUGGAAACAAGAGAGCAAGGGGCCCGACAUCGAAAUAAGCCAACACCCAUCAUAACAAUGGCACGAAAAGCGAGGUCGAAAUGAGAUUAGUGUACAAGCAAAGACGCUGCAGAGAUCUCACUGGAGAUGGAUAAUUGUCCUCAAAAUACAAUCGGGAUUCUAUGUGUAAUCUAGCUUAGAAUAAUAGUUUUAUUAAAGUUUAAGUUGGAAAUGUGUUGUGAAAGGCAGCCUUUUCCCAUGAGAGCACGCGAUGAGAGAGGUACCGGCGAAUGAGCGUUAACAUCUGAUGGGUUGGAGAGUGUACAGAAUGGGCUGUAGAGAA